AUGGAUCGUGUGGUAUUCUUGGGUUUUGUGGUCAGUUCUAAGGGAGUUGAGGUUGCUGAAGAGAAAAUCAAGGCAAUCAAAGACUGGCCUAAACCUAAGAGUGUAACUGAGGUUAGAAGUUUUCAUGGGCUUGCUAGUUUUUAUAGGAGAUUGGUUAGAGAUUUUAGCACCAUUGCUACUCCUUUAACUGAAGUUAUCAAGAAAGAUAAUGUUUUCACAUGGGGAAAAGACCAAGAUGAUGCUUUUAACUUAAAAGCAAUAGGUGCUGUUUUGAUGCAGGAGUCCAAGCCCAUUGCAUACUUUAGUGAAAAACUAAGUGGAGCUACAUUGAACUACUCAACUUAUGAAAAAGAGCUAUAUGCUUUGUUGAAGAGCCAAGGUAAGCUUAAUCAUAGGCACGCAAAAUGGGUUGAAUUCAUUGAAACUUUCCCAUAUGUGAUUUCUUACAAUCAAGAAAAGGAGAAUGUGGUUGCUGAUGCACUUUCAAGAAGGUAUGUCUUGGUCUCUACUCUUACUUCUAAAUUGAUAGGUUUUGAUCAAAUCAAGAGCCUUUAUGCUAAUGAUUCUGAUUUUGGCAAGGGAAGCACAUUGUGGUGGACUCAUGGGACACUUCGGAGUCCCAAAACUUUGGAUAUACUUGCUGAACAUUUCUUUUGGCCAGGCAUGCGAAAGUAUGUUGAGAAAGUGUGCUCUCAAUGUCUUGAAUGUAAACAAGACAAAUUAAAAGUGUUACCACAUGGUCUUUAUACUCCUUUACCUGUUCCUACUUCCCCUUGGCUUGAUAUUUCUAUGGAUUUUGUGUUAGGUCUGCAUAGAACUAAGCAUGGUAAGGACAGUAUAUUUGUAGUGGUAGAUAGAUUUUCAAAAAUGGCUCGCUUUAUUCCAUGUUUAAAGACUAAUGAUGCAUCACAUGUGGCUGAUUUGUUUGUGAAAGAAGUGGUUAAAUUACAUGGUAUACCUAAAACUAUUAUUAGUGAUAGGGAUGCUAAGUUUUUAAGUCACUUUUGGAGAGUUCUUUGGGGAAAGUAG